AUGAUGGUGCUUUCCUUUACCUUUUUGCUGGCUGUUGCCCUUGUCUUUGCGGACUCGGUAUUCAGCAACCAUAUCCGUUACGGGGGACACGACCGUCGAGAGGCGGCCGCUCUAAAGUCCCCGUGGGAACCUCAUGAGCUGUUGUCCCGACAAAGUGGCCAGACUGGAGGCACCACAUCCGCCUCCUCUUCGAACGGUGACUACACCUGUGGUCCCGGUAGACCGUUUUGGCUUCUGCGGCACGACGUCGGAGUUCUGUGGCAAAGGCUGUCAACACACUGUAAACAGCCUAAACCAGUUGUUAAAGCCAGCAAGCCCCGAAAAGUAGUCAUUGGGUACUAUGAAGGGUGGAAUAUGGGCAAAGCAUGCGGCACCAUGAGUCCGGAAGACAUUCCUAUCAGGAUGUUAACUCAUGUUUUCUUCUCGUUUGGCUUCAUUGCCCCUGGAACUUUCAAAAUCGAGAACAUGAAAGAUUUCCAGCCCAGUCUUUUUGGAAGAGUGACGGAUCUGAAGAUGAAAAACCCAGAUCUCAAGGUUGUCAUUGCAUUGGGUGGUUGGACCCAUAAUGAUCCAGGCCCUUACCAAAAGGUCUUCUCAGACAUGGCCUCCACCGCGGCCAAUCGCAAGAAAUUCAUCCAGAAUAUCCUCGGCUUCAUGACUCAGUACGGAUUUGACGGUGUCGAUAUAGACUGGGAGUAUCCCGGAGCCGAGGACAGAGGUGGGAUCCCCGAAGAUGGCGAGAACUUCACUUUGCUUCUUCAAGAUCUCAAGGCUGCAUUCGAUGGACGAUAUAUUCUCACAUUCACAAUACCAACGUCUUAUUGGUACCUCCGCCAUUUCGACAUCAAGAAGAGUGUGAAAGCGGCCGACUGGGUCAACCUUAUGUCAUACGACCUUCAUGGAGUAUGGGAUCAGGACAAUCCAAUUGGCAGCCAUGUGAUGGGCCAUUCAAACAUUACGGAAAUAGACCUCGCAUUGAACCUGCUCUGGAGAAAUGAUAUACCCCCGAACAAGAUCGUCCUCGGAACUGGGUUUUAUGGACGGACUUUCGCGCUGGAGGAUCCAUCAUGCACAGGGCCGGGCUGUAAGUUCAGCGGGCCGGGCUCUAAGGGCCCUUGUACGGACACUGCUGGGUUCCUCUCAUACAAAGGCAAGUACUUAGACAUCCUGCGGUCAAGCAAGGCCAAAGCAAAGUUCGACAAAAAGGCUGCAGUCAAAUAUUUGACGUACGGCCAACACAGCUGGAAUAAGAAGCAAUCGGCAUCCUCUUCGUCUUCUGAAUUGUCAAAGCGAGACGAGAGCAAUUUUGUUGCGAUGGACAUGUCUUCUGUAACCAGCUGGAUUUCAUAUGACGAUGCUUCGACAAUCGAGACAAAAGUCGACUUUGCCAGCGAAAAGGGCCUGAUGGGCGUCAUGUCCUGGGCAGUUGACCUGGACGACGAGCAGGGCCAGCUCAUCCGGGGCCUUUCUGGUGGCGAGAUGGAGUCGAUCGAGGAUCUCGCCAUGAACGUUACUGAAUUUCCCAAGUCGGUGUCACACACCAUGCAGGACCCAUCGAAGUGCUAUAUCUCCAAGUGUGGAGAAUUCUGCAAGAGUGGCUAUACGGGGGUAAGUCGCUCGAACACCGACCUCAAUGGGCGCGGCCGGUGUGACACUGGCAAAACCGCGAAGGCGCGCUUCAUUUGCUGUCCCUCAUUCUCUGGCCCGAAGCCCGAAGAUUGUCGAUGGGAUGAUAGCCACUCCUCAGCCUACAAGAAAGACUGUUCUGGUAAAUGCAAGGUUGGAGAGAUUCUCAUCGUGAAUGACAGCUUUGGUUGGAAAGGUACUCUUCAUGGUGGGGGGUACGGAGAUCGAUGCUCCCGUGGCGCCAAGAGCUUCUGCUGCAAGGCUGGCAAUAUGGAGCAAUACCUCAAGAUCUGUACUUGGACCAAAUGUGGUGGCAAGUGUCCAUCAGACCGGCCCUAUGAGCUCACCACUGAUAGCGGAGGCCCCAAUCCAAAUGGGCGCUGCACUGAUUCCACGAACGCCCUCGUCGAUCCUCAAGGUGCGAAAAAUCGCAGACUAUACUGUCCGAGUAAGAACUCAUUCCGCAACUGUGGGUGGAAUUCGGCAAAGUACUGUUCCAGCACCUGCGGUCUCAACCAGAUCACCCUUGAUUUAGACCCUCUCGGUAAAUCCUCUGCCAACAAUCCGUGCCACAAUGGUCGACAGCAGGCCUUCUGUUGUGAUCCACCGGGUGGCCUCAACUCCCCGUUCCUGCCGGUGGAUUUGGAGAAACUAUUCCCCCCUAAGUAUCGGCCCUCCCCAGAUGCACAGCCCACGUUCGAGCUGGCGAGCUUUGGUAGAAGGUACACGGGUCCAACCAAGGACGAGAACCCCAAUAACAGUGGCGUUGCCUUCUUCCUCGUUGCAGGAAGCUACACCGCUGUCAGUUCCAUGAGCAAGCGUGAAAACCCGGGGCUCGAGUUCAUCGACUGCCCAUCCGAUAUUCUCUCUCGGUCAAACGAUGAGCACCAAACAGUGCGUGUGGUUUGCUACUCGGAGAACGUGCCUGACUGCUUCAGGGUGCAGGAGGGCGGUGUCGAGGGCACAGUUGUCCAGAUGCCUGAAGAAUGUGGCGGCACAUCUUGGGCGCGCGCCAUCUCCCUCACCCUCUCGCAGAACCAAACAGUCCCCGGUCACCUGGCCAAGCGGGGGUCGACUACCUCCCCCGUGUUUGACUUCAAGUUCGACUAUAACACAGCCCUGGUCCGCCGGGAUGCCGGAGAGUUCAGUGUCCGAAUGGAUUUCUCGAACGUGCCCGGGUACUGGAACGCCGUGGUAGACGCCCCGGGGUCUUCAAGCGGUAAGCGAGACCUCAAACAACUCGUAGAUCGUUUCUACGGUUGUUCGAGUGAGUGGUACUCCAAGUUCAAGUCGUUGAAGUUCCCUUCAGCCGAAGCGAUCGAGUACACAGAAAAGCUCGACCAGUUGGUUUAUCACAACCCCCAGGUCUGUCAGCAUGGGGGUAAACAGGUGGGAGAGUCGUUGAGCAUUGCUAUGGAAGGCACAACAACUGUGAAGUCGCAUUUCGGGUUUUCAAUGAUUGCCACAUGGAAACCUGGAAAGUCAUUCAAAGUCCAUCAGGCGGCCGGCUUCUUCCACCCGGAUGGAAAAACGGACAUGAGCUUCAAGAUUGGAGGACAGGGAGUCCUGGACAGCUCCCAGAGCUUGAAGGUAUCGACCAUCACGAAGAUUCUGGGGGAAUCCAGCCUGGCCGGAAAGAGCAUCUACAAAGGAUGGGCCUCGUUUGACUUGUACCGGGAAAGCAGGGUCAACCUCCGGAGCAGCGGUGGCAACUCAGGGGCAGUCGCAGUAGAUGGAUACGCAGAAUCCCGCAUCCAGUCCGACUGGGGUCGUGUCCGGGUGGAUUUCCCAGCUGGCGGAACCGAAGCCCCGUUAGAGGGGGAUUCUGAAGGAAGGCGUGUAGAAGACAAAGUCAGCACGUCGAAAAUCAGUGUUUUCCCGCUGGAACUUUGA